AUAAGAAUAAAUUUGAAGAAGAGAUGGUUCUGAUUUGAUUGGGGAAUUUUACGAUUGAUGAUUGGUCAAUGGUUUAUCCGACUUUAAAAACUGGCGAAAUGUUUUCUAAAAGAUCUCUAGUGCAUACAGGAAAGGUUGCAAUUGUCACAGCUUCAACGGACGGGAUUGGUUUAGCUAUCGCCCGUCGCCUUGGUGAAGACGGUGCGCAAGUGGUCAUUAGUAGCCGUCAGCAAAACAACGUUGACUCGGCUUGUAAAAAACUUCGAGAUGAAGGAAUUGACGUAUUUGGUACUGUCUGUCAUGUCAGCAAACCAGAAGAUCGCAAAAACCUUGUUAAAAAAACCAUGGAGAGGUUUGGACGCAUAGAUGUUUUUGUAUCCAAUGCAGCUGUCAAUCCAUUUAUUGGCCGUACGUUGGACAUUUCAGAGGAAGCAUUUGACAAAAUUUUUGAGACAAAUGUGAAAUCAUCAUUUCUACUUGUGAAAGAAAUUGUACCAUACAUGCAGUCACAAAAAAGCAAGGGAUCAAUUGUUUUUGUAUCAUCAAUUGCUGGUUUUACACCCAUCAAUGAUUUGGGAGCAUAUUCCGUAAGCAAAACUGCACUCAUAGCACUCACCAAUGUUUUAGCAAAAGAACUUGGGCCUGAUGGCAUUCGUGUGAACUGUAUUGCACCAGGAGUAAUUAAAACAAAAUUUAGUCAAAAAUUUUGGGAUAAUGACGAUCUUUCAAAAGAAAUGAAGAAACACAUUCCUUUAAAAAGAUUUGGCACUCCAGAGGAAUGUGCUGGUUUGGUUUCAUUUCUUUCAUCAAGUGAUGCAUCAUAUAUCACAGGAGAAUCCAUAACUAUAAGUGGUGGGGUUUUUUGCCGACUUUAAAUGACCGUUUCUUUUGAAAACUCAACAGCAAGUUUACAAUUUUUUAUAUCACUUAAAUCAUCCAACCAUUACUCUCUUUCUUCCUCGCAACCGAACUUCAUCCAGUUUUGUUAUGAUUUCUUGUGCUUUUUCAUUGCUGUCAGCAGCCUUUGAGUAGCUUUUUAAAACAUUCUGAAAGAAAUACUCCGUAUUUGGAUGGCUACUAAGUAAAGCUCUUUCGAGAACAUAAAGAUCAACACCUUUAUCUUCCACUAAUGAUGAAAUAUAACUAAGACCAAAAUCAAUCAAAACAAGAUCAGUUCCAUCCUUCAAAAGAAGGUUCGAUGUUGUUAAAUCACCAUGAAUGACAUCAAUUGAAUGCAUUUGCCCUAAUAACGUUCCUAGUUUCUCUGCCAACACGCUUAACUGUGAUUCUUGGCUGUUAGCUAACAUGUCAUUGAUAACAUCCUUAACCAAAAUGCCAUUUUCAAUAUUUUCCAUGUAAAUUUUGUGCGAAAUAUAAUCAACGAAAUAAACGAUGGGUGUUAAAA